AUGGUUCCAACCUCCUCACUCAAGUACGUUCUUCUCCUCUUUUAUUGUACUUUUUCUUUUAACUUGUUAACUACUCCUGGCUGUGCCCUCAACAUAGGAGCUGAAACCACUGGAGUAGCUGUCUCUGUGAGCAAGGAGUGCAGUAGACAAUGUGAGUCAAGUUUCUGCUCAGUGCCUCCAUUAUUGAGAUAUGGCAAAUAUUGUGGACUUCUGUAUAGUGGAUGCCCUGGGGAAAGACCCUGUGAUGGCCUUGAUGCUUGUUGUAUGAAGCAUGAUGAAUGUGUGCAAUCCAAAAACAAUGACUACCUAAGCCAAGAGUGCAGCCAAGCAUUGAUAAACUGUAUGAAUAACUUCAAGAACUCGAGGACUACUACAUUCAAAGGAAACACGUGCAAUGUGGAUGAUGUUAUUGAAGUAAUACAUGUUACCAUGGAAGCCGCUUUACUGGCUGGAAGAAUUCUCCACAAGCCCUAG